AUGAGAAUUUUGAAAAUACUUAUAAUUUUCCUACAUCUAAUUCGUUCUUAUAUCAUUAAGAAGCUAAAAUGGGAAGAAGAACAAUUGCAUAAGAAAAGGUUUCAGUUAUAUAGAACGAGAUAUUUCCGAAAAUUUAAAACAAUGCCAUAUGUUAGAGAUUCGGGGGAAAAUCAUAUAAAAGAAUUAACAAGAGAACGAGUUAGGCUUAGCAAACACACAACAAAUUCAAUAACACGCGGAGCAAAUUUUUUGUUUAUAUGCAAUUUGGAUAAUCGCUUAUCGUCUAGAGAUGUUACCCAUUUUUUUAAUUAUUUUAUUGGAAUUGACAUGUGUAUAGCAAGGAUAAAAAAAAACAGAUUCACAGGCAGAAAUAUAGGACAUGGAAUUUUAGAAUUUAAAAAGGCAGAAGAUGCAACAUUAGUUUUGCUAAAUUAUCAGGGAAUCAAGUUGGGGCAAAAAAACAUAAUUUUAACAGAGGCAUUUAAGAAUGAACAUUUGAAACAAAAAAAACACAUAUGCAAUAUCAUCCAACCUGGAAGGCAAUAG